CGUACGUUCGUGCUCUAGCACACCAGAAAAAAAAUAAAGUCACAUUCACAGAAUAUCCGUUUAGCAAAAGACCUUGCUCCAACAAUGGUGAGCCCUUUCUAUAUUUAGUAGCAAACGGGGUUCUGAGAGCGCUACGAACAAAUAGUGCAAGCGAUAAAACCCUGAAGUUUUUUGAAGGACGAAAUGGUUAGCGGAGGUAAUAUAAGAUCGUUUUCGAAAUACGUACCGCGUCCAUUUAUUUUCGUUGUUGGUUCAUCUGUUCACUUCUGCCCAUUACAACACAGACACAUUGAUAUUUUCCGAGUGGGUGUGUGGGACAGCUAAUAAGAUACGGGCGGGAUACACGGUGAAUAAAUUGAGAGUGACAACUGAGCAGUAAAAGCAAUUACUUAAUAGUCUAGCAAACAGUGAGCAUGUUACAGCAGCAAGAUAGGCAGAGGCUGUACGUGAAAUAGCGCUCAACAACCUCGAUUAGUAGCUGCACCCGGCAGACACAAUUAAACGCGUUUCUUUAUUCGUAACCCAAUGGUUUUUUGUGCUUGGUUUAUUUUGCUGAAGCUGACCGCCACUUAAUUUGUUUUGGUCCCACUACCGUAUGGCACUGCGUUUGCACUCUUGUGUAACUUCACAGGUGAACGUGGAUAAAAACCAUUGAACCUACGUGCGAGCGGUUUGACAAGCUCAAUAUGCUAUUCGAAAGAACUAUACUUAUGGAGUAAUUGAAACGAUUUAUAGCGAACUACCAUUGAACCGUGUGGCAGUUGUAACUACAGUGUUUUUACUAUAUUAGUGAACGCACUGAUCAACAGGAACAAUGGAUAAGCUUUUUGGAAAUAAAGCUUCAGCCAAGGAACAACUAAGAAAAACCGACAAAGACCUUAGAAAAUCGGAGAGAGAUCUUGCAAGAGAAGAUCGGGUUCUUGAGCGUCAGGAAAAGCAGAUCGAACUGGAGAUCAAAAAAGCUGCGAGAUUAGGUUAUAAUAACAUGUGCAAAAUGUAUGCGAAACAGCUGAUCCAGGUACGGAAGCAGCGGGAAAGGACAAAACAAGCUACAAUUCAGGUGGCAGAGGUCCGUAACCAGUCGAAAACAAUGGGCGCUAAUAUGACGCUGGCGAACACUGUCGCUGGGGCAACGAAGGCGAUGUCGGGCAUGAACGACAUGAUGAACCCUCAACAACUUGCAAAGACGCUCGGCGAAUUUAGGAUGCAGUCAGAAAAAAUGGGCAUAACUGAAGAGAUAAUAAAUGACAACCUGGAUGAUAUCUUGAACGAAAGCGGGGACGAGGAAGAAAGCCAGAACAUCCUGGAUAAGGUUCUCGAUGAAAUUGGUAUUGAGAUCAAGGGCAAACUGGGAGAAGCGCCCGGUGUACUAAGCAACGUUCCAGGAUCUUCGAAAGUGUCAGAUGACGAUCUCGAGAAACAGCUAGAGCGUUUAAAAGCCCUUUAAUGAUAAAGGAAGUGGAAGCAGUUUCAGUUAAUAUAAGCGGUAACGCAACGGAGGGAUGAUUUAGAAACUACUUAUGCGGGAGGUGAAACUUCAAAAGUGAGUUUUGGUGAUAGGACAGCUUAGCAGAAACAUAAUUUUGAAACCCAGGGUUGAGCUUUCUGUAAUAGCAAAAAGUUGCCUCUACUGGUAUAAUUAUAAUGAUGUCAGGAGAAGUCCACGAUUUAUUUCGAUAAAAAUCAGGGCGGUAAACUCGUAACUGACCUAACAUUAUCCUUCAUGUUUUAUAACGCCUAAAAAUUGGUAUAAAUAUGAAUGAUUCGAAAAUUUCGAAAAAAAAUUGUUAAAGUAAAUGGUACAUGCGUGCCAAAGAUACGUCGUAAACCAGAGAUAUUUUAGACUAUUUCUGUAGAUCUAUUUUGCUCUAUUUUGUAGAAAUCCACAAAUUCCACCGAAAAUGUACAUAAACUUUAACAAGUCACUGGAGUCGAGUCAUGAUGAUAAGGGCGUUGAAAACAUUUUGAGUUUGGUAUGAAUACAUACCAUAUAGACGUGUCUUCCCAGCAAAGCUUAUUUUAAGAUUGCUGGUAAGUGUGUUCAUGAACAAAAAGACAAUCUCGUUACAAUAUCGCGAUGCUCGCAAGUAAAAGGGCUUGUCCUGCAGUAAAGUGACUUCAAAGUUUUAAUUUUAUUAUUUUUUUUUUACAGCGGUGUGACGAACGUAGAAAAAUAUGCUGUUAUUGUAAAAUAUAAUGAAGAUAACUAAUCGGAGUGGUUUCAAGAUUUCCAUUCUGUUGAGAAAUCUGAGUAACCAAUUAUAUAUAGUCAGUCUGCGCUUUGUUAGAAACAGCUGUUUUGAUCCUUUUUAUUUACCACAUUGUUGACCUUUAGCUCAGGUGUAACUAAGUUUGUCUAAAUGUAGACAUACAUGGUGUGAGAAGCGAAGUACCUAUGUAAAUACUUUAUACUGCACUUUACAAUUCAAAUAAAGUAAUUUUUACAAAUUGCAUUUCAAUGUGGUUAUUGCUAGCUAGCGAUGAUUGUAAGAAAAGCUAACGAUACGCACACAAUAGUAUAUCCAAAGUUCCUGAACAAUUUUUGCAUGAUAUUUAACUAUAACGUUUACAUAGACAAAUUGUACUGGAAUAUAUGAUGUUACUCAGCAUUUCAAUUGUGAGAUGACAUACGUGAAGUAACAUAUUUUACACUGGUAAUUUUUAAAGUUAGCGUUAUUGUUUUCUUUUAUUAUUAAUAGUAAUAUAAUUACUGUUGGCGAAAUAGUUCAACCUGUCGAUAAUGGCACCGUCACGUAAAACCUGAUGAUUUUUGAUACGAUAAGUGGAAGAAUCGAUAACAAAUGUAGUCUUUGUUUUGACGUGAAAAACGUCAUCCUAAUACAGAACUCGCUGCGCUAGUAUAUAAUGGUCUAAGAUCCACUGCUCCACUAUUAUUACUAUGGCAUUAAAUGUGUCAUUGAUUACAUUGUGAAACGAAGAAUGAUUGCAGGCGAUUCGUGCUCGUAAGGAAUGCGUUUCCAUUAGAGAAUUUACAGAAAAAUUGAAUUUUUACGUGGCGGCGCACCAUCUUUACACUUUGUAUUAUUCUGAUGACUUUCUCCAAUCUCUUUGCAGGCACAGUACAUCCUUGCGUUUGGCUGUAAGUACAAAUCUCGAUAAUUUUCAAGUAAGUCGUUCUAAGCUAAUUUUCUCUAUCGUUGGCUAGGGCUUGGAGCGGAAUGGAGCAGAAUAUCUUUAGCAAAAGAAUACGAUGCUUUUACUGCGUAUAUACUUCAAUAGUCAGUUUUAUGCUGUGCUAUACUUCAUUAGCAUAGAUAUCAACUAGUUCUAUGAUCUCCUUCUCUCUUUGUACUCUGUAGUAUUCUGAACUUAAUUGCCUGACAAGUCCCUUACUGCUGGUUACCUAUGCUGGCCAGCUCAGCGUGGGCAUACACACUCGCACUCAUCACUAGCAAAUGAUUUCGUAAAGGUGCGCCUAAUGUCUUACAAUACAGUUUUUUACCUUUUAAGUUUUCAGGUUUAUUUUUCUAUGUCUUUUCUCUAUUUUUGAGCUUUUGUUGUAAAAAUCCGAGGCGAGGAGUCUUUGUGUGAAAAUUUCGUUUUCCCGUGCAUAACGAAUACUUUCCAGCUUUUGCAGUGACGCCUGUUGCUCCUAUGACAGCAAUGGCAAAUUUGAUAAACCAGAUAUGAUAAAAUUCAUAUAACCAUGUGUGGAUAUAUAGAGACUUCUAGUUCGUUUGGAUCUUUUUAUAGCGUAUUCUUUUAGAUUAGAUUGAUUUACGCUGAUUCUUAACCGCGGGAACUUGAAGUAUUUACAUCUUACAUGAAACACGAAGGGACCUUUCACAUCUUUUUAAAGAUACUUUUUUAUUUUUUGCAGAAUGUCAUCCUGCUAAAACCAUACAGUUGAAACCGGUGAAUUUCAUGUUUACUCGAAAAAAUAGCGUCCAGAUGAUAGUGUUAAAAAGUUAAAAACAAAAGAAUCUGCUUGGGUUAUGACUGGCAGAAAAGGAAUUCCUGUGGAGAUGUCUGCAGGAAUCAGCAAAAGACUGCUGUAAGUUUUUGUGGGUUUUACGGUAAAACAUGACGCUAAUGUAUAAAUAAGCAAGAAUAAAAAUUCUGUGAAAGGUGCCUUCCUGAAAAAGUUCAAUUCUUGUUGAGGUGAAGCUUGCUAACCAGCUGACGCAUGCAGCUAAAAAAAUUAUUAGAUGCGCAAAAAAACAAGAUAAAGAAAUGGGAUAGAAGGAAAGAUACAAAAAAAAAAGGAAAAUUACUUGUUGCAACGUGGUUUGGUGGUAGCAUAAGGAUUAUGUAAAAUUAUAUAAACAAGGCAAAUCACUAAUUACUUUAAAACACAAAUAUAAUCGAUGAAGUGUGACGGUGUAGGGUCGGUAUUUGCAUCUUGGAAGAUUUGAAUCUGUGGCUCAAAUGAGGAAUGAAAAAAUUACAUUAGUAGCUACGCUUGCGUUAACCUGAUAGAUUCCUGAAAUUGUGGUUGCGAAGAAGUUUUACAAAAAAUAAUGCAUAAUAGGCCGAAAUUAAAGAUAGAAUUAACAAAUUUAUAUUGUUAAAGUAACUUCUUUAAAAAUCUUUUUUAAAGAUCUAAGUCAUGCAGAAGUAACAACAAAUUUGCAUUGCAGGCUAAUAUGAGCAGGAACAAUGAUCUAUUUUCUGGAAAAUACAGUCUACUGCUCAUGAUUUCAAGAACAUACUGGAUCGAUGCUAACAGGCGGGAACUUUGCAGGUGGUUUUUAUAUGGUAUAUAAAUAUAUAGUACCUAUCUGCAAGCCAAUUUAUUGUUCUAUUUUCAUUUAUUAAAGUCACUCAGUGUUAUCAAUGCAUUCUUGUAAGCAUCAAGCACGUUGUCCUGUAAGCGAGUGUGCAUCCGCUGUAACAUUUUAGUUUAUACUAUUUAGUAAUAUAGUAUAUAUUUAGUAUAAUUUAUAUUUGGAUUCGAAUGCCUAUAUAGACAGAAAAUGCUAUGAGCUUAUGAACGAAAAUUGAUUAUGCUUCUCCAGCUGUUCUAAAGCUGUUCGAGUUUACUUAUGGUCACUAAUAUAUCUGAUGCUCAUUGCAGACUAUAAGUAAUGUGUCUCCAUCCCAAUUGCGACCAAACCAAAGUAAUUCCAUUCAUGAACGAAUACGAACCCG